AUGACCGAUCUGCCUUCGCUUCCGAGCGAGAUUUUGAUCUCAAUAGCCCGCCUGCUUGAAGAUCAGCAGGAUCGGCUUGCCCUAGCGAGCUGCUGCCGCCAUUUUCGGGCUCUCUUGCUACCAGAGGCCCUUGCAUCAAUUGAGCUCCGAUCCGGCUGCAUCACAUCUUUGAGUUGUCUUGUCCAGCUUCUAGCCCAUAAUCCUACAUUAGGUGCCGCUGUCAGGUCACUCUCGUGGGAUACGGAUUCUUGUGAGCAUCCGCAAAAGUUGCAGUUUGACCACGAUCUCAUUUCGGCUACCCUUGCGCACCUUGCAGACACCGACGAGGAUCUCGCGAAGUGGCGAGAUGAUCUACAAAACAGAUUUGAGAACGAGCGGUCCAAGAGCCAAGAAGACGCGUGGUGGGCUAUUCUACUGACGCUUGUGCCGAAUCUGGAGAGACUCGGGAUGCGAUGGGAGGGUCCGGCCGACCGUCGGGCAGAGAUUAUGAGGAGGGCUCUUCGUCAUGAAAAGCCGUUCGAUAGUCGACCGGCUUUCACCAGACUCGAAUUCGUCGAGAUCCGCAGACCGAAUGAAAGCCCAAUGAUACUCUCCGACCUCUUGCCGUUUUUCAAGAUCCCAUCGGUACGGACAGUCUUAUGUGACGGUAUCGUUGAUUGGGCCCAAGACGAGCAGAGGGGUGCAAUUCAAGAGCUUGGUCGCUCCUCCAACGUUAGGGACCUGGCUCUUCUUGCUAGCAACUCUCACACUGGGUUCUCUUCGGUCAUCCUGGCAUGUGCAAGGCUUGAGACGUUUCUCUGCGCGAAUACUAUGUACGCCGAACAAGGCAAGCUGUGGAAUCCUUCCGCCGCUUGGAGGGCGCUCGUUGCUCAUAAGGACACCCUGAAAACAAUCCACGUUUAUAACGAAACGGCAUAUGGUGGUAGCUUUGGGCCAGAGGCUAAAAGUUUCUUCGGGUCCAUGGUCAAUUUCAGCAAGCUGACAAAGCUUCGCCUUGACGCUAUCAAUGUUCUCGACUGGGACGUGGAAACCCGGCUGGCAAAAAAUAAUCUUUCUGAUGUCUUGCCCCCAACAAUUGUGUUCUUGGAGAUUUACGAGUUCCAUGAAUGCCCCAACAUAGAACAGCUUGCUGAGCAGCUGGAAACCACGAUGAGGAAUGUUCCGUCGAAAUUGAAAUAUCUAGGGCUCAGUGGAUUCUUCUGCGAGCCGACUUGGAGCGGUGACCCGCAGAAUGAACAGUGUCUCCGACCUAGGAUCAGAGCUAUCGCUGCUACUCUCGAUGCUGCCGCCCAAGCCACCGGAGUUUGGUUUCAACUGUCUACUUGGAGUUUGGAUGACCCUAGUCCUGGAUGGGGUGUUGGCAUACCACCGAUGUCUUAUCGUGCCUUGGUGCCCGGGAAAUCCACGCCGCCGACUGCCGAGCUGCCAGCGCCUAAUCUCAUAAUGCGUAUCAUGGGCCUCAUGAUGAACCUUGGGUCGGUUCUUCUCAAUCGGUGA